UUAAAAAAUGCCACUCUUUGAUUUGUAUAAAAACCACAAGCUUGUUAUUGGUUUAAAUAUCUACUAGUCAAUCGGUCAUUGUUCUUCACUACUUUUUUCCAGAAAAUAACAUUCCAAGAUGGCAGAGAAAAGCAAGAUUCUGAUAAUCGGAGCAACUGGUUACAUUGGAAAAUUUAUUGUGGAGGCAAGUUCAAAACAUGGACAUCCAACCUUUGUUUUGGUUAGAGAAACCACAGCUUCAGAUCCAAAAAAAUCAGAAGUCAUACAGAAUUUCAAGAACUUGGGCGUUUCAAUAAUAUAUGGAGAUAUCUAUAAUCACGAAAGCUUAGUCAGCGCGAUCAAACAGGUCGAUGUCGUGAUAUCUGCUGUUGGAACAACUACAAUUGCUGAUCAGGUGAAGAUUAUUGCAGCCAUCAAAGAAGUUGGUACUAUCAAGAGAUUUCUGCCCUCGGAAUUUGCAAGUGACGGGGAUAGCAUGAAGGCAGUCGAGCCAGCAGCAAGCCUGUUUAGAGAGAAAGUUAAAAUCCGGAGGAUCAUCGAAUCAGAAAAAAUCCCAUAUACUUAUGUAGUUUCUAAUGGCUUUGCUGGCUACUUCCUGCCUACAGUAGGACAGUUAGAUGCCAAAGCUCCUCCUAGAGAGAAAGUUGUUAUUUUAGGGGAUGGGAAUCGUAAAGCGAUUUUUGUCAAGGAAGAAGAUAUAGCGACGUAUACUAUCAAAGCUGUUGAUGAUCCAAGGACCUUGAAUAAGAUCCUUCACAUUAUCCCUCCUGCUAAUGCACUGUCCUUCGAUGAGCUCGUUUCACUGUGGGAGAGUAAGAUUGGAAAGACCCUUGAGAAAACGUAUAUAUUAGAGGAACAGCUUCUCAAGAACAUCCAAGAUUCUCCAUUGCAACAAAAAUUACUCCUCGCCAUUUGCCAUGCUGUCUUUGUGAAUGGAUUGACCUUGAAAAUUGACCCUUCUUCUGGGGUUGAGGCUUCUGAGAUCUAUCCAGAGGUGAAAUACACAACCAUGGAUGAAUAUCUGAAUCACUUCGUUUAAAAUCUUAAUUAUUUAAUAAUGUAUGUGGUGUUUGUAUACAAUCUAACUUGCUUGAUUUUGUUAUUAUUGUAGUGUGGUACUUUAAUUUACAGUUUAUUUUGCUCCUACUUGCUCCCAAUACGUUUAAUUA